AUGAGCGCACAGAAGGCUUCAGGUGGCUUGCAGGCUGCUUGUGUUAGGUGCCGCCAGGGCAAGAUCAAAUGCAUCCGACCGUCCAAUUCCGACGCUUGCAAACGCUGCGCUCGAGAUGGGACCGCGUGCGUUGUGCCAGAAUUGCGCAUGGGAAGGCAGAAGGGCGCACGGAAUAAGCAUCAUGGUCUGGCACGCUCCUACCAUCAGAUCUCUGGCGCAAUCUCACAGCUCCAGAAAGGGACUCUCGACCCGGAGUCGACGCAAACGUUGCGAGACUUGAAGACUUUACUGCAAGGAGUCGAAGUGCCCACGACGGAACAGCUCCUGCCUGUGCCAGUAGCGAAGAUUUCCAUAUCUCCAUCGCGAUCAUCCUCGGAAGACUCCUAUGUGGAAUCGGCAUUGGAAGAUGUCGAGAACCCUCUCGAACUGUUGGCACAGGCGUCUCGUCUAUACAGUCGUAUCAGCACAUCUCAGCAGACGACCGUACGGCCGGUGCCUGAGCAGAACUUUGCGCCGCCACCUUGGACCAUAUCCUCAUUGACUUCUAGUCUGGACGUCGGUCGAUAUCUGGAUCCCAUCGAUCUUGGUAUAUUGAGCGAAUCGGAAGCUGUGAUCUUGCUUGACUACUUUUACACUCAUCUGUCGCAUGCGAGAUGGGGGUUGGAUCCAUCACUAUUUACAGUACCAUACCUCAGGCGACGUUCGGCCUUCUUGCUCACAUCUUUGCUAGCAUCAUCCGCCAAAUUUCUGCCUGGAAACGCGCCUUUGUCCGAUAGGCUCUCAUCGCACGUGCAACUACUGACGAAACACGUUGUCAAUGAAAACUUACGAUCAGUGGAAAUUGUAAUUGCAUUGCUGGUAAAUGUACCAUGGACAUCAAUCGUGAGCGGGGUCGCAUCGGAAGAUGUCGCUUGCUUCAAUGUUGCACUCGCACUGAAGAUUGCCCUUGAUUUGAACCUCAACAAACCCGUGACUUUGCAAACGCAGGACCAACGGAUGGACAGGGGAGGAAUAAAUGCCGCCAAAGCGCUUCUGAUCGAUGGCCACGCAGAUCUUGACCCGGAGUCCCACCACGCUCGUGUUUUGCUCCGCCAACGAGAGAGGACCUGGAUCGCACUCUUUGUUCUGGAACGUGGUGUCUGCUUAGCUCGAGGCCGAGACUUCACCGUUCCAAUCUCACCUUUAGUGCGAGAAUGCGAAAGCUGGUCGCGAGCAGAAGAUGCUUGUCGAUGGGAUGUGUCUAUGUGCUCGAUCGCUGCCCUGCGACGAGACCUGGAAAACUUGUUGAACGAGCUCCGAGAUAUUUGCAACACAGCUUCUGGCGCAAGUCGAGAAGAUGGACGACGAGCUGCAUAUCAAAUCAGUGAGCUUAUCGAUCUCUUCUUUCGGGAGUGGCGUGUGCAGUGGUCGGACCUCCUGUACACGGAAGGUGGAAAGGCUAUUCCACCAUAUGUCAACAUUUUGGUAACGCACACGCGACUAUCGACAUAUGGUAGUGUCAUCAACCAUCGUACAGCACCUGCGGAAGUGAAGGGAUUGUUUCGCAACGAUGGAAUGCAGGCCGCAGUGGAGGUGAUGCGUACUGCAGUCAGAGCAGAGGAGGGUCUGACCGCCAUGCCCAACAAUACAGCCAUCAUGGUUGCAUAUGCUGCCUGCGUGGCAUUGAGUCUCAGCAAGGCCAUCACGGAGCGGGAUCCCGCCUUUGCCAUUGGCAUCUGGAACAUGGUCGAAGAGACUGCAGGCGUGCUCGAACGUAUCGCCCGAGUAACGCCACAGCGACGAGGCUUCUCAUGGAUGUACGGCCAAUGUCUGCGAAAGAUUCUCGAUAACGUCAGAGGAGCCAUGUAUCCGGGACGUAGCUCGGGAGCACACUCCAUAACCAAUGCGCAAAUCGCCAUGUCCAACAGCGGUCCGGACUAUACGACAGAUGGCCGUGGCCCGCUCGAGUACUUUGCACAAGCUGACGACGAGCUGAACAAUCUUAUCAACGAUGUCAUGACGGGCAAUGCAGAUGUCCUGGCGCAACAGCCAUUCGAUGACUUUUCGGAUAUCAAUUGGUUCCAGCCUGACUUCAACUCCACCAUGCAGUUUGCGUAUAUGCAGUGA